AUGGGGAAAAAUUCUAAUAGAAGGAGAAACAAAUCACGUAGUAGGAGACUUUCUUUUACUGAAGAUACUAAAGACUAUGGAAAAAGGCAAUCUCAUUAUGAUCCUUUAUGUUGCAAAACAGAUAAAUGUUCAGGAAAUGUUAAAAAAAAAUACAAGAGUUAUAAAAGAGAUGUUAAGAGUAAUCGUGAUUAUCGGUAUCAAGAUAUUUCUAAUAAAAGAAAAUAUUCUAAUAGUAAUUAUUUUGAAAGUCCAGUUAAAAAAGAAAGGCGAUCUAAAUUUGACGAUUUUUAUAAUAAAAAUAAUUUAAAAAAAACAAAAUCACAAAGAAGUUGUUCUCGAUUGGUUUUAUCAAGAUCAAUAUCUCCUGUAUCAAAUUUAAGUAGAGCUGUUAUAGAUACUAAAAUUCCAUUUAUUCCAAUUGUACAAUUAGACAAAAAAUGGAAAAGUGAAUGUGGUAAUAGAACAACUGUCUAUAGCUUAAGUGAUUUUCAAGCAGAUUUUAGUCGUACAAGUGAUGUUGAUCCUAACAUUAUAGAUGGUUACGAAUAUGAAAGAAUACAUUUUGAAAAUUAUCUUAGAAGAAUAAAUAAUUUUAAAAUUGAUAAUUCAAAAGAAAAUUUUUGUAAAAGAAGCAAUAACCGAUCAUCACCACCAUCAUCAACGUGUAGAGAUAGACAAGAUAGUUUACCAGAAGUAAAUGACGAUGUACCAAACUCUUCAUAUAAUAGGUUUUUACCCAGCUCUAAGGGAUUAUUAGAAAAUUCUAGAAUGAAACAAGUAAGCAAUGUAGUAGCAAGAAGCUAUAGAUAUGAAAGGUGUCAAGCUAGUACUCCUGUAACAUAUAAACGUACAUUAGAAUAUAAAGAUGAAAAACGUUCAUCUUUUAUCAAUAAUUCAAUAAAUGAUAUUGCUUAUGAUCCUAUUACAAAAAAUACUCUUACUAAAAAUUUAAUGUUCAGAUCAUUUGAAGAUGUUAAUAGUCCUGUGGAUGUUCAUAGCUCAUGUAUUUUUUCACUCAAAUCAUAUAAUAUAUUAUCACAAGCAGCAGCUAUGAAUCAUCCUGAAAUGUAUACUCAUUUAAAAAUUAUAAAAGAUAAUGGUCAAGUUGAGAUGGAUAGUUUGUUGUUGGAAGAUAAUAGGUAUAAAAAACUAUUAUCUGAAUUGACAACAUAUACAUCUGACAUCUUGUGUUUACAAGAAUGUGAUCAAAUAUUUUAUGAUAAUAUGCUUAAAUCAGAAAUGGAAAAAAAUGGUUUUAAAGGAGAGUUUCUUUUAAAAAGUUCUCCUGAUUCUCAAGAUGGUUGCGCAACAUUUUAUUCAGAUAAAUUUAAACUUGUAAAUAAAAAAGACGUUCGUUUUUUGGAAUUUAUUGCUGGUCAUGAAGUUAAACCACAAAUUGCACAAAUUUUAGAAUUUGAAUUAAAUUCAGACAAUGAUAAAUUACCAGAAGAUAAAACACGUCUGUUUGUUGCUAAUACACAUAUUCUUUAUAACCCAAAACGUGGGGAUAUAAAAUUAUCUCAGGUAGCAUGUUUAUUAGCAAAUUUACAAGAUAUGAUUAAUCAAUGUAAAAAUCCAUAUGCUUAUAUAAUGUGUGGUGAUUUUAAUAUGCAACCAUAUUCAAGAAUGUAUAAUUUUAUUGUUGAUGGAAAAUGUGAUCACUUUUUUGACCGUGCCACAUUCUCUGGACAAAUAUCUUCAAAAACAGUUGUGACAUCAAGAGUUCAUAAUAAACUAAUUAGAGGAAGUUUAUUUGAUCAUUCUUGUAGAUUAGUUAAUAAAGAGGCUGGAGACUACUAUGGUCCAUAUACUCAUCGACUUUCAUUUGCAUCAGUAUAUAAACAUUAUACUGGAAAACAAAAAAAGCCCGAAAUCUCAACGUAUCAUACUUGUGAUGCUUCGAAUCCCGACUAUAUAUUUUAUGGGGUUUCAUUAAGAGAAGUUGACAAAAGUGUUGUUUAUAUUGAUGAAACUUCCAAACUAUCUCUUAUCAAAAGAUUAUCAUUACCUAGUGAUUCUGAGAUUGCCCAAAAUUUAGGACCAAUGCCUAAUUCAUUCACGGGUUCUGAUCAUUUACCGUUAUUAGCUCAAUUCCAAUUAAGAUAA